AGACUUCAGAAAGCGCAGAUGAGAGAUUUGGUUGUGUCUGCUUGAGGUUUAAUAAAUCCAGUACAAAGACUCACAGGAUGUGUUACGAAUUGGCUGAAACUAGCUUGGAUGAUCCUUCAACAGAAGUUCUACAAUAUAUUGACAAAGAGCUGCUGUCAUCCCUGGCCUUGCAGCUAAACAACUUAAGAAAAAAGCAAAUUCUCACAGAUGUAGUCCUCUGCUCCGACAGUUAUAAGAUCCCCUGCCACCGGAACAUCCUGGUGUCCAGCAGCCCCUACUUUUAUGCUAUGUUUUGCAGCAACUUUCGUGAAAGUCAGCAGACCCAGGUAAAUAUCCAGGGAGUUCCUUUCAAUGUCCUGAACAGCAUCGUGGACUAUGUUUACACAGGUGUCAUCAGUAUCACAAUGGAGCUGGUCCUACCUCUGAUGCAGGCCGCUGCCAUGCUACAGUUCGAACGGCUUUUCGAGGCAUGCUCGACCUACCUGCAGGCCCAGCUCCACCCGAAUAACUGCUUGAGCAUGAUCCGACUUUCCAAGAUUUUGCACUGUGCCAGUUUGCAGCAGAAAGCUCAUGAGAUGGCUGUGAAAAGCUUCUCUGAUGUUGCGGCAUCUGAGGACUUCUGCGAACUCUCCCUAAAAGAGUUAGUGGAUUAUCUAGAGGAUGAUCAGUUGUGUGCUGAGGAGGAGCAGGUGUUUGAGAUCUUACUGGCUUGGAUCCAUCAUGACCCAUUUGCAAGGAAAGGCUCCAUCCAUAACCUGUUCCAACGGGUACGACUACGACAUGUCCACCCUUCCUACCUCUUCCAGUUCAUCGCCAAUGACCCAGUAGUGCAGUCCUCCUUCCUGUGUACUGAGAUCAUUGAAUCGGUCAGACGUCUCCUGUUUUCUGUUGGCUCCAACUGCCCAAGUGACCUUCAGCCACUCUGGAUAGCUCCCCGACGGCAUUCCUUUAAAGAAGCUCUAGUGGUCGUUGGCGGUCGUAAAAACAAUGAACGCACAUCUCGCGAGGCACUGCUCUACAAUGAACAGAAACAGAGCUGGCAAUGGCUGGCUAAGUUGCCUGUACGACUCUACCGUGCCUCCUAUGUCUGCUUGCAGGGCGUUCUUUAUGUUUUAGGAGGGCUGGCUAUGAAAGCCGGAGGAGAUGGUGUCCCCAGUGCUACAGUUUACACCCUCUCCCUGAAACUAAACCAGUGGAGGGUGGCUGAGCCUAUGCUGGUUCCUCGGUUUGCCCAUCAGAGCAUCGCCCAUCUGCAUUUCAUCUUCGUUCUAGGUGGGGUUACAGGUGACCAACAACUCUCCAGUGGGGUGGAGAGAUACAAUACCAUGUUCAACCAAUGGGAACUAAUGGCACCGAUGCCAGUCACAGUCCAGCACCCUGCUGUGGCUGCACAUAACCAAAGAAUGUAUGUGUUCGGUGGGGAAGACGCCAUGCAAAAUCCAGUACGAAUGAUCCAGGUGUACCACAUCGGAAGAAAUCACUGGUGUGUAAUGGAGAACAGGAUGGUGAAGAAUGUCUGUGCUCCUGCUUCAGUUAUUGAUGGAAAAAUUUAUAUCAUUGGAGCAAGGUCCAUAGAGACAUGGUUUGACUAGGUUAAACAAGAUCACGUUCAGGUGUAUGCAGGUAUCAGAAAGUUUCAGUACUUUUAUAUUUUGGUUGGAAACAAUGAGGACAGGAGGAGUAGUAAUUGGUCGUGUCUGAGAGACUGAGAGAGAGCUUAUAGUCCGUAUUAAGCGGCAUCUGAUUUUUACCUUUUUGAAUUGCUCAAAGAAGCUUUAAGGGAAAGAAGAUUUUCAUGUGAUGAUGAUGUGAAAGUUUGUUUGUUUUUUUGUUUAUUUGGAUUUUAACGUCAUGUUCUACACUCUUUGGCUACAUUCAUGACAGACACGGUAGCUACUCAUUACACAAGAUUCAUCAGUUCACAAGGUUACAUCGAACACAGUCAUGGACAAUUUUAUAUCUCCAAUUUAGCUCACCUGCACGUCUUUGGACUGAGCAUGUGAAGUAAACCCAUGCAGACAUGGGAGGAACAUGCAAACUCCACACAGGAAGGACCCGGACCUCCCCACCUGGGGAUCGAACCCAGGACCUUCAUGCUGUGAGGCGACAGUGCUACCCACCGAGCCGCCCUGAUGAUGUGAAAUCAGCAGUUCAUCAGUGGCUACACGCUCAAUUAAAAACAUUUUUACUGAUGGCAUUAUAAAUGCAUCGGAAGGUGACUACAUCGGAAGAAAAGUGAUGUCAUUUGUUUUUGAAAUUGUUAAUAGGGGGUGGCAUGGUGGCUCAGUGGGUAGCACUGUCACCUCACAGCAAGAAGGUCCUGGGUUUGAUCUCCAGGUGGGGCGGUCUGGGUCUUUUCUGUGUGGAGUUUGCAUGUUCUCCCCGUGUCUGCGUGGGUUUCCUCCAGGCUCUCUGGUUUCCUCCCACAGUCCAAAGACAUGCAAGUGAGGUGAAUUGGAGAUACUAAAUUGUCCGUAACUGUGUUUGACAUUAAACUUGUGAACUGAUGAACCUUCUGUAAUGAGUAACUACUGUUUCUGUCAUGAAUGUAAGCAAAAGUGUAAAACAUGAUGUUAAAAUCCUAAUAAAUAAAUAAAUAAUAUAAAUUCUUAAUAAAUAGAGUUACAAACAAUGAGUGGAAACUUUUUGAAGAACCCCUUAUAAUUCAACCAAAUCACAAAUUACUUAGUGUGGUAUUCAUAGUUGCAUGGAAUACAAAUUAAACACACAUAACUCUGAUCUAAGCUCUGCCCAAGUCAUGUUGAGUGCAACAUAAAAGACACAAUGAAUAUAUAGUGACAAGUAAAUAUCAAAACACAGCAAUUUAACACAGCACAGUUGAUUUUUAACACUAAAGUAUUUGAUAUAUUAUUUGCAUUAUUUAAUCACUUUUAUUGAGUCUUGCUGUUUCUGUCACACUUUUACUUUCUACUUUUCUACUUCAUGAUAUCACUUUAAUGUUUCAUUUAAUACAUGUUUUCCAAAAUGAUCUUAACUUUAUUUUAAUAAAAAUCAGUUCAAAUCUAAGAUGUGUGAAGUGUGAUAGAAUACACUAGAACUCUACUGCCAGGCAUUUUAAACUCUGGCAUGCAGUUCAGAUUUAAUACAGAUAAACAUCACAUUUUUGUACUGAAAUACCUCCUUAAACAAACAUAUUUGCUUGUAAUUUGAUCAUGACUGUGAACCACUGGUAUUCAGUUCCAUUUAAGGUUAUAAUGCAUUAAUUUAUUGUCUGUUUUACCACUGCUUUAUCCUGGUUGGGGUUGAGGUGGGUCUUAUUCAUUUGGCUGAAGGAAGAAAACACCUAGACAUGUCACUAGUCCAUCACAGAGCAGACACAACGCAUACAUUCACACACAUUGUCACACUUAAGGCAAUAUUUAGUAGCUCUUAUUGGUCUGACGGCAUGUCUUUGAAAUUAUGGGACAGAUAAAACCCAGGCCCUUCUUGCUAUUAUACUUCUGUAAAAUACAACCCCAAAUCAGAAAAAGUUGGGACAGCAUGGAAAAUGCAAAUUAAAAAAAAAAUUACAUUUACUUUGACUUUUAUUUAAUUGCAGACAGGAUGAACCUGAGAUAUUUCAUGUUUUAUCUGCUCACAUUCAUUUCAUUUAUUAAUAAACAUCUAUUCCUGCAUUUCAGGCCUGCAACACAUUCCAAAAAAAGUUGGGACAGUAAAGCAUUUACCACUUUGUAAUGUUGCCAUUCCUUCUCACCACACUUAAAAGACGUUUUGGCACCGAGGAGACCAAGUGAUUUAGUGUUUUAGCUUUUAUUUUGUCCCAUUCUUCCUGCAAACACUUCUUAAGAUGUGCAACAGUACGGGGUCAUCGUUGUUGCAUUUCUCAUUUCAAAAUUCUCCACACAUUCUCUAUUGGAGGACUGCAGGCAGGCCAGUCCAGUACCCGUACCCUCUUCUUCCACAGCCAUGCCUUUGUAAUGUGUGCAGCAUGUGGUUUUGCAUUGUCUUGUUAAAAAAUGCAUGGACGUCCCUGGAAAAGAUGAUGCCUUGAAGGCAGCAUAUGUUGCUCUAAGAUCUCAAUGUACUUUUCUGCAUUAAUGCUGCCAGCACAGAAGUUUAAAUGACUUUUCACUGUAGAACCUCUUGUUUUGACAGGAUACACAAGGAGAAUGGUAGCCUAUGACAUCAAAGCAAACCGAUUUGUUAAAUGUGAGAAUAUAAAAGAGAGAAGAAUGCAUCACUCAUCCAC